GAUCUGUCAAGGUCAUAUCAGGUAUUUUAUUUUGUAGCAUAAAGAUUCAUUGGCAGGAAAGUUACUCAUCGAAUUACUGAUGAAGAUAGAACUUCGAUCUCUACUUAGUGAGUGCAUGCUAAAAUAGAAUAUUCCAAGUUUCAAAUAGUUUUAAGAUGCUUUUUUGUGGAUGCUUAUGUAUUCUGUGGAUGAGUUAUUCCAUCACAGGGACUCCUAUACCGGAUGAAGUGGUGGACAUGUCAUAUUCUUAUGAUGAGUCAACUCUAGGUUGGCCAGGUCAAAGGAAAUUCCGAUUGAAAAUAAUUCAUAAUGGGACAGCUGCAGAAGGUUACUGGUUUCAGGCAGAAGAAUUUGCCAUGGCUACACAUAUUGGGACUCAUCUUGAUGCCCCAUGCCACUUCGCGAAAGGUAAAUGGAGUGUUGAAGAAUUACCGCUCAACCAUCUGGUGGCUCCUGCUGCAGUUAUUGACAUAAGUAAUAAGUCAGAGGCAGACAAUGACACUCUGCUUCAAAUUCAAGAUCUGGAGAAAUGGGAGCGACUGUCUGGACAAAGCCUGGAUGCCACCAUUGUCUUAAUCCGCUCUGGGUGGGGAAGUCGCUGGCCAGAUAAAGGAAAUUUUACUGGAACCAUAGAGAAUGGAACGGAUAAUCUUCAUUUUCCUGGGAUUUCCAAGGAAGCAGCCCAGUGGCUGGUAGAUAACCGGAGUAUUUACGGAAUUGGAAUAGACACUUUGUCUUUAGAUAACGGUCCUUCGAAGGAUUACAUGGCUCAUAGAAUACUUCUGGGAGCAAACAUUUUUGGAUUAGAAAAUGUAGCAAACGUGGAUGAGAUUCCAAUAUAUGGUGCUAAUCUCCAUGUUUUCCCAAUGAAGCUAGGCAGGAGUUGCGGUGCACCUGUAAGGAUUAUUGCCACAUAUCCAAAAGUAGGCUUCAGCGAAAAACUCGGCAAAUCUGUAACUGAAGAUACUUUACGUGAGAUUAUAAUUUUCACCAAAUAAUCUUGGAAACUCUAUAUCUAGAUUCUAUUUAUAUUUAAGGGGGAACUUCUAGUGCACUUUAUUAAUAUAUGUUAGCCUUGUCAUUUCUGUGUGCACAAAAGCCCUAAAAAAUGGAAUCCAUUGGAGCUUUCUGCUUAUAGGUCUGUUAAGUAUUUGGAAAUAAAUUUAUAGUCUUUCAA